UUCUCCUAAAGUCAUUCUCUUAGCUCUCUGAACUGCACUUUAUCAACUAUUUAAGAGAUGGUUAGGUCUCCAUGCUGUGUAAAAGGUGGACUAAAAAAAGGGCCAUGGACUUCCGAAGAAGACGACAAGCUCUUGGCUUACAUAGAACAACAUGGCCAUGGAAGCUGGCAAGCCCUACCGGCUAAAGCCGGACUCCAAAGAUGUGGGAAGAGCUGUAGGCUGAGGUGGACUAACUAUCUAAGACCAGAUAUCAAAAGGGGGAAAUUCAGUUUGCAGGAAGAACAGACCAUAAUUCAACUUCAUGCUCUUCUUGGAAACAAGUGGUCAGCUAUAGCAACACACCUGCCCAAAAGAACAGAUAAUGAGAUAAAGAAUUACUGGAACACACAUCUGAAGAAACGGUUGGACCGAAUGGGCAUAGACCCAGUAACCCACAAGCCUAAAUCAGAUGUUUUCGGGUCUGGCCAGACCAAGAAUGUAAGCCACAUGGCUCAGUGGGAGACUGCUCGGUUAGAGGCUGAAGCCAGGCUAGUCCGUGAGUCUAAGCUCGCAUCUCCUAACCCAUUACUUGGCUUCUCUGGUUCAGUCAUCCCUGAUCAGUUCUCCACCAUCACCACUACCAAAUCUGCACCUCUGCAAGCUAGACCAAAAUGCCUUGACGUACUCAAAGCAUGGCAAGGCAUGUUAUUUGGUGCUAGUGACACCCUUGAGUCUCCAACAUCAACGUUAAAUUUUCCCGAACACUCGUUACCGAUUCCGACAGCAGUUGGGUUUCAUGAGAACUCGAAUCUGAUCGAAUGUUUCGAGAAACCUAACCAGAUUGCACCGGCAAAAGAAUUGGAUGAUCCAUCAAUUAUUGGUGUGCAUGGAAUGAGUAGUACGUUUGAUCAUCACGGUACUUCUGAUGAAGUACUACUGCAUGGCGAUAAUGCAUGGAUUUUGGACAAUUUUAGGGCAACAAGUGAUCAAAAUAUGAUCAGUGGUAAUAAUUUGGUUAAUGGAGAACUUUCUGAUAUUUUGGUUUAUAACUCUGCGGAUCAUGGAAAUUUAUCGUCCGCAACUAAUUAUGAAGGCUCCGGUGCGAAUAAUAAUAAUAAUGUUGAAGAUCAGGGGAAUUACUGGAACAGCUUGCUUAAUUUGGUGGAUGUUCUUGCUUCUGGUAAUUCGCCACCUAUGUUUUGAAUUUGAACUGAUUUUCUUAGAAGUUCAUUGGCAAAAAGGACUAAGAAUUGUGAUCAAUUUUAUCAGACCGAGCUACAUGUUGGAUUUUUACAUUCUGAAUAAUAAAGCUUGUUUGGAGUGUUAA